AGCUCUGAAGACUUGGAUACUGACACAGAAUUUGAACCAGUUGAGGACAUGACUUUGGAAACUCGUAGUCGAUUUACAGCUAGUGCACACACUGCCGACCAAACUGUUGAUGAGUAUCCCGAUAUCAGUGGUAUUUGCACAGCAAGGGAGGCUAUGAGGAAAAUGACUGAAGAGGAUAAGCAAAAAAUUGCCCAACAAGUGGAGCUGUUCCGACGGGAGAAAUUAACAUUUGAUUCCGAAGUAGCUAAAUGGGAUGAUACUGGAAAUGAUAUCAUAUUUUUAGCAAAGCAUAUGUGUAUGAUUAUGAUGGAAAUGACUGACUUUACAAGAGGACGCGGCCCACUAAAAACCACAAUGGACGUUAUAAAUGCGGCAAAAAAAAUUUCUGAAGCCGGCACCAAACUUGAUAAAUUAACUCGUGAAAUAGCGGAACAAUGUCCGGAGAGCUCGACUAAAAAAGAUUUAUUGGCUUAUUUGCAACGCAUAGCCCUUUAUUGUCACCAAAUUCAAAUAACAUCCAAAGUUAAGGCUGAUGUGCAGAAUAUUAGCGGAGAAUUGAUUGUUUCAGGGUUGGACAGUGCAACAUCUUUGAUUCAAGCGGCUAAGAAUCUAAUGAAUGCGGUUGUGUUAACAGUCAAAUAUUCCUAUGUGGCGUCUACCAAAUAUACUAGACAAGGAACUGUAACGUCGCCUAUCGUUGUUUGGAAAAUGAAAGCACCUGAAAAGAAACCGUUAGUGCGUCCUGAGAAACCAGAAGAAGUGCGUGCAAAAGUCCGUAAAGGAUCCCAGAAAAAAAUCCAGAAUCCAAUUCAUGCAUUGUCCGAAUUCCAGAGUCCAGCUGAUGCUGUUUAAAUUUGAAAUAAA